UUGGGCCCCUUCCCCCGGCCGGGGCGCCAGGCCCCCCAGGGUCCCUUCGGGCGGUUUCCGGGGCAGGCCCCGCACCCGGGUCCCGCCCCGUGGGAAGUUGACCCAGGGCGGCGGCACCACUCGACCCCCUUCCGGCCCAGCCGCCCGGGCGCUUCCGGUCGAAAGGGGCUUGAAGAAGGGGGGCCGAGGGAAGUCCCGCCUCUGCCGCGGCCGCAGCCACGCACUUAUCCCGGGCCCGGAGGGGCGGGCGGCGGAGGGCCUCGGUGCACCGAGCCCCCAGAUUUCGACCGUGCGAGGUGUCCGGGCUGGGGAGCGAGAUCCGAUUCCGGAGCUGCCAUGAUUGAAGUGGUAGCGGAGCUGAGCAGAGGUCCUGUGUUUCUGGCGGGGGAGGCGCUGGAGUGUGUGGUGACCGUCACCAACCCCCUGCCUCCCACUGCCACUUCUGCAUCAAGCGAGGCUCUGGCCUGGGCCAGUGCCCAAAUCCACUGCCAGUUCCAUGCCAGUGAGAGUCGAGUAGCACUGCCUCCCCCAGACUCCAGUCAGCCAGAUGUCCAGCCUGAGAGCCAGACUGUCUUUCUACCACACCGAGGUGAGAGGGGUCAGUGUAUCCUUUCUACUCCACCAAAAAUCCUGUUCUGUGACCUGAGGCUAGACCCUGGAGAGUCCAAAUCAUACUCCUACAGUGAAGUGCUGCCUAUAGAAGGACCACCCUCCUUUCGGGGUCAGUCAGUCAAGUAUGUCUACAAACUGACCAUUGGCUGCCAGCGUGUCAACUCACCCAUCACUUUACUCAGGGUCCCUCUGAGGGUUCUUGUGCUGACUGGCCUUCAAGAUGUCCGGUUUCCCCAGGAUGAGGCUGUAGCCCCAUCCAGUCCAUUCUUGGAGGAGGAUGAAGGUGGGAAGAAGGAUUCAUGGCUUGCUGAGCUCGCCGGGGAGCGCCUCAUGGCUGCCACAUCAUGCCGCAGCCUCCAUCUGUAUAAUAUCAGUGAUGGCCGAGGAAAAGUUGGGACAUUUGGCAUCUUCAAAUCUGUAUACAGACUCGGCGAGGAUGUGGUGGGGACCUUAAACUUAGGGGAAGGAACUGUAGCUUGUUUGCAGUUUUCAGUAAGCUUACAGACCGAGGAGCAUGUACAGCCUGAGUACCAGCGGCGCCGCGGGGCAGGGGGUGCCCCCUCUGUGUCUCAUGUCACUCAUGCCCGGCACCAGGAGUCCUGCCUCCAUACAACCAGAACCAGCUUCUCCCUCCCCAUCCCUCUCAGCUCCACCCCAGGCUUCAGCACAGCCGUUGUAUCCCUGAAGUGGCGUUUACAUUUUGAAUUUGUAACAUCCCGAGAACCAGGUUUGGUGCUCCUACCUCCCAUGGAACAGCCUGAGCCUGUCACUUGGACAGGGCCUGAGCAAGUGCCUGUAGACACCUUCAGCUGGGACCUCCCCAUCAAGGUGCUGCCUACAAGCCCUACCCUGGCCUCGUAUGCAGCCCCAGGGCCCAGCACCAGCACCAUAACCAUCUGAAACUGGCCCACCGUGGCACUGCUUUCUUCAGGAUACUGAGAACUCAGCACCUGGACUCCAGUAGGGCCCAUUUUUUUUUCCACCUGGGGUCCAAUGUCAUAGACAAUGAGAGGCAGGCUUUCAGCUGUAGCAUUAACUUAUUUAUUCAGAAUAAAUUGGCAGCUGCUAGUGGUUUCCCUGGAAGUGGCAGCAGUAGUGGGCAGUCA